GUCAGCGUGCGCGGUCGUGAUCCAGCCAAGUUAACUAGCGCUUCGAGCCAGAACGGGUCGUAUUUGGGUUGGUGCUCUAUCUCGCCAAAAAUCCGCCUUUGUGUGGUGUACAGGCACACGGAUUUGGUGAGGGCUGCAGUGUCUACCGGACGGAGCCAAGAUGCCGCGCAAGCUGCUCAAAUUCCUAAUCAUCUUCGACAACACCUCCCUUCUCUACUUUCCGGGCCAAUUUCUCUCCGGACGCGUGCUCAUCGAGCUGCAGGACGAGACGCCAGCCUUGGGGCUCCAUUUCCAUGUGGUCGGCGAGGGCGUGGUGCGCAACGGGCGGCGGCAAGAGCGAACGUACGAUAAGGAGAACUACAUCGACUUUCGCAUGCGACUCCUCGGGGACGUAGACCAGGGCGGGCCAGCCAUACUCUCGCCGGGAAUACACAGCUUUCCUUUCAAGCUCGGUCUGCCGCUAGGUUUGCCCUCCACAUUCUUGGGCCGCUACGGCUGGAUCCAGUUCUACUGCAAGGCGGCGCUGCGGGAGAGCAACGGCAUCAUUCACAAGAACCACCAGGUCUUUAUCGUAAUGAACCCCAUCGACCUGAACCUUGAAAAGCCCAUUCUGGCGCAACCCUUCACCUGCGAGGUGGAGCACAAGCUGGGUGUCGUUUGCGUGGGCGGUGGUCAAAUCAAGUGCCGGGUGUCCCUGGACCGCGGGGGCUACGUGCCUGGGGAAAACAUUCUGGUCACCGCGUUUAUCUCCAAUUACAGCAACGUCUCCAUCAAGCGCACCAAAGCGUCGCUCACCGAGACCAUAGAGUACUUGGCGCGUGGCAAAGUGGUGCAGACGGAGAAACGGGAGCUAGCUGUCCUGGUGCGCGGCAAGAUCCGUCCAGGGGGCAAAGACGAGUGGCACAACGAGCUGUACGUGCCCCCCCUGCCACCGACAAAUCUACAUGGCUGCCACCUGAUCAAAAUAUCUUACGACGUAUUCUUUGUCAUCGAGCCCAAGUCCAUGGAGAAGGAGAUCAAGCUGCAGCUGCCCAUUGUCCUGGCGACCUACCCCUUCCGGCACUCCGGGGACGCGGCGAACGCCAACACCUGGCCGGAGUCGGUGCUAAAGCCGGACACGCACACCCACUACCCGUCCACGCUGCCCAUAUUCCGACCCUGGCUUCACGAGAAGCCCACUGAGGCAUAGCCUCCGGCGUCCGGGGUCCAAAGUUUUGUUAACAACGAUUUGCGCCAUACACUAAUAUAAACUUAUUUUACUCAUACGAACCGUUUCUAAUGUGUUUCCCCAGGAUUACUCAAGAUUAAACCAUACCCAUUAAUUGUUUAA